GUGCAUGCUUUGCUCAUUGUCAUUAUCUAGGAAUGCCGCACGUGAUGCCCACCCCCCAUUUUCCAUAUGCAAGAAAGGAGUUCAGCAGUUCAUGUACACCGAAGUGAAGCAACGAGCACAAAAAUUAGACUCCCCAAAAUAGAAGCAGAAUGGCCCUACAAAAUCUUUGCCCCUCAACGCAGACUUCCUCAUCAGCUCACACAAGCAACUCGCAUACUCCUCCUCCUUCCUUUCCAUCACGCAAAGGAACUGCCCAUACACAGUUGCCAAGGUUGGAGUUCGUAGCCAAACGUCGAAGCCAACAACCUACUAACCUAGUACAAGAACACCGACGAGAACCGACUUAACAAUGGGGUUCCUCCAUCGGAAGACCUCCAAGCAGACGGGCAAGCUCAAGACCCUCCUAGGGCUCGCCAUCUCACGCAUCGCUGCUGUGCGCCGGCCUCGCCUAGCUCGCAAGUCCAUUGCCACCGAUGACGUUCGCCAGCUUCUCACCCUCGGCCACCUCGAUCGCGCCAUCCACCGGGCAGAACAAGUCAUAGGGGAGGGCAACAUGUUAGAGGCGUUCGAAAUGAUAGAGAUGUACUACAAGCGACUCAUCGAGAAUGCUGCAAAGCUGGACAAGCCUGGUGAGUGCACCGAGGAGAUACGUGAGGCGGCAGCGGCAGUCAUGCUUGUCGCCGGUUGGUGCGGCGAAUUGCCGGAGUUGCCGUUCGCGCGCACCAUCCUCGCGGACAAGUUUGGCAGUGACUUCGCUGAGGCGGCAAAGGACGGCACCGGCAUUGUUGAUCCAAUGUUGGUGUGGAGGUUUUCUGGCAUGAACAGCAUGGAGCUGAAGAAGAAGGUGACCAAAGAGAUCGCCAUGGAGAACAACAUUGUAGUGGACUUCUCUGAACUCCAAGAUGCGGUCAAGGAUGGAGAAGACUGAUGCCAUGGGGAGCUUGAGCACAACACAUCAUGCAAGAACAGCUUGGACGGAAGAUCAUAGUACUCAAGACGACGACCGUGUUUCUGUCUCUGAUUAAUAUCUUAUUACUGGUCAUUGAAACUUAGGGUGGGGAAGCAACGGUGCUCACGAGAAGAUAAACUUGCUCUGAGACCAUCUCAAAUUGUAACAACUAACUAUGAUUGUACAUGUGAAAAAGUGUAAAUUACUAACAAAUCAAACAGUGCACACGCAGAUUUCUUGUGGCAGUUGUACAAUGCCUCUUUUAUUUUCCCUUCAAAUUGUGCAAACUUUUAUUCUUGAAAAAGAGAAAUUGGUCCAAA